AUGGCAGAUCCACCAACACCCCUCCUCUGGACCCUAAUCCUCCUUGCCACAGCGCUUUGCCUUGCGCUGGUCGUCGCUGCCCAGAUCCUCGCCCGCUACUCGAAUGCGUACAUAGUAGCGCCGCACGAGGUCACAACAUUCCUUGAUGCCGUCGACGAUUCGAUACAUGAGAACGAGAGCUACGACCGCGAUGUAGCGCGUGUCCAGCGCCUGGAAGACAAGGUGCGCCUCGGGCGUCUCCUCCGGGAGAUACAGAAGGGUGGGGAUGACCUGCGCGAGGUUCUGAAUGGGCUGCUCGUCAGCGAGCGAGGCACCAUGUUGCGCACGAGUGCUAGAAUACUAUGGGCCGGCCACAGGAAAGAGCUGGAGGAGAGGAUACGCAGGCUUGAUCUCUUGCGCAUGCGCUUCCUGACGGUGUAUAUGGGCAUCGUCGCGACAUCGCUCAGUCAUCGCGACAAGCAGGACAAGCAAACUGCCCAGAGAGAUCUUGAGAAGUCUCCCUUCUCAGCUAGACAUGAGCCCAAAGAGCCGAGGCUGGCCUUACAUCGCGCUCUGUCAGACAGCCUCAAGAAGAAACCCUCUCUGCGCCGCUUGACGACUUCGACCAUAGGUCAUAGUGAAAAGGUUGAGCCGCCGCAUCGCACCGGGUGGAUGGGCGUAGUCGCCGAGUUACAGAGAUCGCCUAUCCUGCGUAACAGACACGCGUCGAUCGAGCAGGCCAUGCGCUCCCCGCCACUUUCACCCCUGAGCAGCCCGCCGAGCACCCCCUCACACACCCCUUCGCCUUUCAGCCUGAACAACGUUAGGAGUUUGAAAGCAGAUUUACGACAUGAGGCACGACUGACCGAGUCUGCGAUAGAAGACGAAGCAUGA